UCAGUAUCUACUGCGACCUUGCAUCUAGGUCAAACUUUUAGCACCACUGGAUAAUUCGGGACAGUCGUCACCUAUUUUAAAAUUCCUGGUGUAUUCUGGUUCUCAUUAACCUCCUCUAUCAAUGGCUCUGACCUGCAGAGGGAGAAGCUCCUGAUUCUGUGCUGGAAACAGGAGCUCAGACUCAGUCAUUCCUCCUGCAAGUGAAGAAAUGUGGAUGAAGUCUGGCCUGAAUCCACUGCAGCAGGGCGACAGACUGAGGGGGGAGUCACUCCUCCUGCUGAACCUGCUGGCUGCGUCUUGGCUAAUUUUAACCUGUCAGUACAAAAAGCACGGCGACUGAAAGCAGCGUUAUAAAACCAAAGAGAGGAGCAUGUCAACGCGCCUGCAGAGCCCCCUCGGUAAGACCCGAGUCUGGGAUGAAGACUGACCCCUCUGACUGAAAAACACCUGAGUCCUGUAGACAUGAGUCAUCGUUCUCGGGCCUCCAGGGUGCGACAGCAUGUCCACUGUGACUCCUGCUACAGCCGGCGCUGCAGGGCCCGGGUGGAGGUCUCGGUGUGCUGUGCGCUCACCUCCUGCCGCCUGCUCUGUGGAGCCGUCUUCCACCUGUGCAAAGAGGAGGAUCACCUGCUGCUCUGCCCAAACGUCAGGGUGCCCUGCCUCAACGCUGCGUACGGCUGCCCGGUCCACCUGCCUCGCUCCUCGCAGGCCGCUCACCUCCAGGUGUGUCCGGCCAGCGUGGUGUGCUGCUCCAUGGAGUGGCUCCGCUGGCCCAGUGACGACACCGACCCACACAAUGAUAUAGCUCUGAAGGAGCAGGUGAUGAAGGAGAGAGAGGAGCAGGGGGAGGUGGAGGCUCUGGAUCUGGCCAUGGCCCUGGUGGAUCAGAAAGAACUUUUCAACCGCCUGAAAAUGAAGCCGCUCUAUCCGGAGCUGACGGAGGCAGAAGAGGAGGAGCUGAAGGAUGAGAAGAAAGAGGAGGCUGCUGUGGGAGGCUCGGUCAGCAGCAACGUGAAGAAAGAGUCCAGUGAGGUAGAUCUCCCUACAUCCGUGCGUGAGCGUCAUGUUGAAGAACCGGCACAGACCAACGUGGUGCAAGACUUCAGCAUCAACAUUGAGAAAUACAACAUUUGUGAGAUGAUGUUCGGCAUGGAGAAAGGCGCCUGUGCUGUCGCCGAGGCAGAGAAGGACAAUCCCAAAGAAAACCCAAAGCCUGAAGAGAAGGUGAAGAACCAGAGGCAGGACGGCGUGGGGAACAAAUCAGAGGUGGAUGACGGAGAUCCGGGUGCAGCUGGAGCCCAAAGCUGUCCUCCGCCAGACACCAGUAAGAUGGGGCUGGCCCCGUGGCAGGAUGGCGUGCUGGAGCGUCUGGGCCGGGAGCUCACCCCUCAGGAGUACAACAUGUACGUGGUGCAUCACGGCCGCAUGCUGAUGGCCUUUGGACACAUCCAGGCCUGUACGCCCAGGGAGAAGGACUUCGUCUACGGCAGCCUGGAGCCGAUCCCAGUCCAGACCGUGCGAACGUUCAAGGUACCUGUUAGUUAUCACUACCGCGAGCGGGUGUACGACACGGACGUUCGCCCGCCAACGGAGACUCGCAGUGUGGACACGUCGGACCUUGGUGCCGGCGAGGAGGAGUGGUUCUGUGAUGAAGCGGAAACCACCCUGCUGGGCUACGCUGACAUGGAGGUCAUGGGUCACAAGAUCAGCGAGCCGAAGGCAGCCGACGGGCUCUUCGUCGAUAUCGGAACGCAGACGCACUCGUUCCGCACGGCUCCGUUCAAAGCCAAGACGACCCUGGCGGAGGUGACGGUGGACAGACCUCUGAAGCUUCACCUGCAGCUGCAGACAGAGAGGGUGAGCGGCAGACACAGCAGAGCCACCUGCGUCUUCACCUUCCUCUGCGGUCACACCUUCCACCGCAGGGAGUUCGCCACACAUUUCAGAAACGUCCACAGCGACAUCCAGACGUCUCUGAGCGGAUGGUUCGAGCAGAGAUGUCCUCUGGCCUACCUGGGAUGCACCUACAGCCAGAGGAGGUUCCAGCCGUCCACACAUAAAGCCACCGUCUACUAUAAUCAGCAGCUCAGAAGCUUCAACCUGCGACCGACACUCGUGGCCUCAGCAGGUGAAGCCUCCCGGCCACCGAGGAGCUCGGCCGACUCCUCCACCGCUCAGAGGAGGAGAGGAGGUGGAGGGGAGGACUCCCUGAGCUCGCUGCCCUACGAGGUGCUGUGCCACGUGGCCACGUUCCUGGACAGCCUGUCGCUGUCCCAGCUGGCUCUGGUGUCCCGGCUCAUGAGGCAGGUGUGCUCCACGCUGCUGCAGGACAGAGGGAUGGUCACCCUCCACUGGGAGAGGAAGACCUACUCACAUGGAGGAGCCAAGUGGAAGGCCAAACCUGUGUGGGAGUUCAGUCACCUCUUCUCCGCAGUGGAUUCGUGGCACAUGGCCGACACCCCUCCGAUAUCUGCUCAUCUGAAAGUCUGUCCUUUCUACGAGACCUCUGAGCACAGCGAGCGAGUUCCCCUCCCGAGCAUGAGCAAGAAGAAGGAGGACAGCAAGGAGAGGAUGAGCCUCGUCAACCUCUUCACAGGGAACAGAUGGCCACAAUAAACGGAGAACAUUUAACUCUACCUGCUGUGUGUAGAAUAAUCCACAUGUUCACUAUUUACAUUUACAAAUCACCACACGGGAAAUAAAUCAACCUGAACUGAUUAAUGAUUUACUGCAAAAACUUUAUUAUCACUCUGGAUUAUAUGAAUAAUAAAAGGUCUGAAGCAAC